ACCCACUAGGUGGCUCCCGUGUCGCUGACUUCCGGUCGUGUUCCUCCUCAAGAUGAAUGUCUGUGAAUCCAGUGUCAGAUCAGUCGUUUUGGCCCACUCGCGGCGCUACUUUGGCUCCUCUUCUUGUCGUCAAGGGAAGAAGACGCGAGUUCCGUUUGACAGACGUUUCCCAGUCACUGCUAAGCACGUGAACCGCCAUGUCAAGGGCGGGAGUGUGGAGAUGGAGGAGGUCGUCGCAAAACACGUUGUGCCACCCACAGGAUUUCAGGACCCUCAGAUAGGGAGAUACAGGAAUGUGCCCGAGAUGAUCCCGGAGUUUGUUGUACCAGACCUGACAGACUUCAAGUUGAAGCCUUAUGUGUCCUACAAGGUGUCCAACAUCACACAGACCAAGUUCACGGCCAAGGACCUCUUCCAUUCUUGCUACGCCAACGACAUUGUAGACAAGUUCAGCAAAGGGGAGAUAACUGUGGAGAGCUCCACACAGUCUGACUCAAAACAUGACAAAUCAUGACGUGAACUGUGCCCGUAUGGUGAUCCUGUGUGUGAGUGUGUGUAGUGUGGAUGUACUUGUCUUGGAUGCAGCAAAGGUCCACAGGAACGAUCAGAGCUCCAGAUAAGCUGCGUAUCUGCGUGAAAUACGCAUCAGAAAUGCAGAAAUACACAGUAAAAUAUAAUCCAAGCGUAUCAAAUACGCAACGAACAUUACAGAUACGCUACAAAAAUAAA